UUCCCUAUUUAACAAACCUAAACACAAAGAGGAGUUGUAUGUGUAUGUGUGUGUAUUUUUUUAUUUUUUGCCUGUAAUCAACGUCGUUUGCCUUAAAAAAAUAAAAAUACGCGUUAAGUUGUUAACAAUCAGCAUUAGUUUCUUUUCAUUUGUUUAAAAACGGCUUCAAAAUUGGAAAAAUAAGGAAAAACAAGAAAAUGAGUUACAACGACAAGAACGAUGGGAUUACUAAAGAGGAAUGGAUGAUGCGUUUGGAACAAUUCCCGUUUAAACAAGCAGACAUGAAUCGAUUGAUCAUGAAUUACUUGGUAACUGAGGGUUUCAAAGAGGCGGCAGAGAAAUUUCAAGUUGAGGCUGGUCUGUUGGAGCCUUCGGUGGAGUUGAAUUCAUUGGAUGAUCGUAUACUGAUACGCGAAGCCAUACAAAAUGGACGGAUUCAGGAAGCGACCCAAUUGGUAAAUCAACUGCAUCCCGAGUUGCUUGAUAGCGACCGAUAUCUAUACUUUCAUUUGCAACAAUUACAAUUAAUUGAACUUAUAAGGGCUGGAAAAAUCGAAGAAGCUUUAUCCUUUGCUCAAACUCGCCUCUCGGAAGCCGGUGAAGACAUACCAGAGGUGUUGUGCGAACUCGAACGUACCUUGGCUUUAUUGGCAUUCGAAAAACCGCAGGAAAGCCCAUUUUCAUAUCUUCUUGAGCAGUCGCAUAGACAAAAAAUUGCCAGUGAACUGAAUGCAGCUAUCUUAAAGAGUGAGCAUAGUGCUGAUUCUACACCCAAAAUAAUGUUUCUGUUAAAGUUAAUUAUGUGGGCACAGUCGAAAUUGGAUGCCCGCGAGGUCAAUUAUCCGAAGAUGAAAGAUCUUGAGAAUGCAAUCAUUGAGCCUAAAUAAAUUAUUAGUUUACGAUUAGACUACACGUACAUGUUUUGCAAUACGAAACGAUUUGAUGGCUUGAGUGGAGAGGAAAGUAAAUCUUUAGAAAAUCACAUAUAAUUUUAAUGUACCUAUCAUUAUAUAAAUCAUUUGUUUACAUAACAUAUUUUAAACCCGUAGACUUAAAAUAUAUAAUAUAAACCCUAAUACAA